AUGCCUACGGGUGAUGACCUCCCCGUGGGGCAGAUCCCUGUCGGUGAAGAAUCUCCACAAGAGCACUUUGUAACGGGAUCAAACGGCGAAAAGUUUUAUAUUGGAGAGAACACCUCGCUAUCAUUUUUGGAUUAUCUUCGACAUAGUCUGAGACCAUGGGUGGGUGCAACCUCAUUCACCGAAAGCGAGCGCGGGAACACUUUACUGGAACCGGAAAUGGAUGAAGUCGCUGGCGAGGAAGUCCAUUUAGACCUAGCAGAGAAGCGCGAGCUGUUCCAAUCUUAUUGCGAGGUGUCAAGUGGCAUUUUGCAUCUGUUCGCCGAUGAUGAAGUCGAGUUACUUCUCACGGCAAACACCGGAAAUGAUUCCCCAAAAUAUAAUGGCGAAGACAUUGCGGCUAUGGACGCAGCAUUAGCUAUUGGUGCGCAAGCCCGGGCAUCUGCACCGCACGAUGCAUACAACGCUAUGACACUCUUCACCAGAGCGCGAUGUGUCGCUUUCCAAGACAUGCUUGCCAAUCCUAGUCUCGCUAUUGUCAGAUUAUGUCUCCUUUUGUCAUUUUAUACUCUUGGUGCAUCCCGACAGAGCGCUGGAUCCAUAUAUCUUGGAAUUGCUUCCAAAGCGGCCGUCGUUCUUGGUCUCCAUCAGCCCAUGAGCUGGAAGUCCCUCAAACUAAAAAGUGGUUAUGGUGUAAGGCUACGCAUAUGGCAUAGUUUAUGCAUAUUAGAGGUCCUGACGAGCUCCCUUCUUGGCCGACCAUGCACCGUUCCACGGGCAACCCGCCAUAACGUUCAAUCACUACCCUUCGACGCCGAAGAGCCAGCAUUUAAUGCGGUGUUGAAAGGGGUCGUGUUACUAGAUGACAUAUGCUGUCAACUCAACAGAGGUGCUAUGAACGAUAUCCCCACUGCCCAAAACCUCCUUCAAAGGCUUCGGACAUGGAGCCGGGAUCUACCACCAUCGCUUCGUCGGUUCUCCUACACCAACGGAGUAUCGAUGGCUUAUUCCGAUCGCAAAAAAGCCUUCGGUAGUAUCCAUGUGUCUAGUCUUUAUUAUUUCGCUGUCAUACUCGUCACUCGGCCAUUCCUGAUCGAGACUUUUAUGACAAGAAUGCGCCAGCAAUCAGGCUUAUCGUCGCAAGGGCCGCUUGAUCCGCAGCGAGCAUCCCUGGCACAAGUCUGUAUGAUAUCAGCCAUGCAUAUGGGACAUCUGUGUCAACAAGUAGCCUCUGUUAUGACGGCUUCAGACCUGCCAUUCGGGAACCUGGGAUUGUUCAAAUCCUGGGCCUUUGGAAGUGGUUUAGUUCUUGGAUUCUCAAUAUUUGCUGGAGAAUCACAGGACGAUCUGCGAGGCGCAUUCUCUGGUGUUGUUAAUCUUCUCGAAACAGCCGGCGCUGUUAGCCCUCAAUCUAGGGUGUAUAGUAAGACACUCCACGAGCUAGAGGAAACGAUCAAUCUCUACCAGCGUCUGGCUUCUCGCAAGGCUCGCUCUGUAGCAGACCAGUAUGUUGAUGAAAUAUUGGUCUUUGACACGGGACAGGGUGUAUCAAUGUCGUCAAUGCAAAAUUCUGGGCCGCAAGAUUUCACACCAAGAGCAGGACCUGACUUGGAAACUAAUUGGCAAAUGUCGAAUCAUAUGGUUCACACAGAGAUUAAUGCCGAUUUAUUUAUCGAUGAGGGAUGGGAGGACCUUGGGUACCAAUUCUCUGACAACUUUGCGCUGGAUUUUGGGGUGGCUCUUCUAUAG